AUGGGCGACGACGGAACGGGCGGGAUCGAGAGGGUCGAGAGCAACCGCCGUUGUUCUGAAGCACACCCAAGCGCACACGAGGACCAGAUUCCGCAACCAUCGGCCAAGUCAGAAACAUCCAAGUCGACGAGCGAGGAGCAGAAAUUUGAAAGUGCGGGCCCGCGUCACUUAUCAUCAUCAGUCGAAGCCGCAGCGAGACGAGGGAUACAUCGGAAUGCCUCCACAGGUUCGAAUGCAUCGGUGGCCCAAGGAGGUAGACAUGAGCGAGCACGCCGACCGUUGGAACCGCCGGUUACGAAGACAACUUUGGGUGAGCUGGACGUGACUAAGAUCAUUCAUAACCCCAAGCUGCGUCACGAUAUCAACUUCGAUCCGGAGCUCCAUUUCCGACCGAACCUAGACGGGGACAAGGGCAAGCGGAAGCAAGACAAGGCCAAUCAAUUCUGGACGGCUCUCGGCGCACAGUUACAGCAAUUUGUCGAAGACCGAGACGAGUUCAUGAGGCAAUUCGGCCAUGGAGAAGAGUGGUGCCUCCCAUUACUACUGAAAUCCGUAAAGGAGAUCAUUCAGACAUUGGUGCCUACGAAAGAUCGCAUGUACCUCGACGAAGGCCUAAAUGUGGAUUUGAUCAUGCAGCAGUUCAGCAGGGGGAUGGCAGACCUGGAAAAGCUGGCCUCUUGGUUGUCAGGCGUCCUCAAGUCUCAUUGCGCACCUAUGAGAGAUGAGUGGGUGGACCAGAUGUACAAUCAGUUGACCAACGGCAACCGGACGAACGACAUGGGGGAGCUGGUGCAGGGGAUGCGCAACCUGUUGAGCGUGUUGGAAGCGAUGAAACUCGACGUCGCAAACCACCAAAUCAGGUGUCUCCGGCCCAUCCUGAUCGAGGAUACAGUGCACUUCGAACAGCGUUUCUUCCUGAAGAAGAUCCGUGAUGGCAAACUUGAUACCCAGCCCGCCCAAACAUGGUACUCGAGGAUGUGCGGACACUACCCUCGAGACCCGCUAUCAAUUCAGACAUUCGGAGAGACGGCUGCUUUCUUCGAGGCACUCUCUGGAAUGAUCAUGCCGCUGCGGGAGUCUCACCUCGCGGACCCACCGAACACCUUCCUUUUCGAUGAUGAGCGUGUACUCAAACUCCGGGCUGAUAUGCUCGAUGCCAUCAACCUGGAAAUCUGCAUGCGCUCAUACGACGAGCUGGAGAAGAAAUACAGACACCACGAUGCUGGCCUAAUCCCAACACCCUUCCUCACAACGCCCUUCUCAGAUUAUUCGGGCUUCCGCAGCUCGAGCACGGAAGAGAGUGACUUCGACUUCUUCACUCCGCCAACAUCGACAUCGAGACCUUCGAGUAUGGUCUUCAGCUCUGCCGGCUCUGCCAGCUCAUCUCCUCGCUCCUCCUUGAUCCUACCCUCUGUACCGGCUGUCAAGACUCUAGAAGACCAAAGAGCCAAGUCCCGCGAUCUUUACGACUCACUAGUGGCUCUGCUUCAGACCUCGGCUCCCGGCUCCCGCAGCGCAACCCGCUGGAAGGCCAUGAAGGAUUCUCUGGCACUCCAGAUUUUCCGCUUCACAAACGCCCCGACCCAUGAGCUCUCGAGUCUGGAAGACCAGCUUGACCAGAAUUUGAGUGGGCACGUGGGCUCAGUAUUUCCUGAGGUGCAGGCAGACUUUCACCGCCGCUUGCUUGCGGAGCUGCAGCUACGUGUCAAGGAAUUCAAGGGUUUGACAGGUAUCAGUCUGUUCUCUGUCGCUACUGGCGGCCGUCUGCAAGGGCCGGGCCGUACUUGGGAAGGCUCACGUGAGGGCUCCCGGGAGCGAGAGCAUGCGUCGUCAAACAACUCUGUUCGUGAGGCUCGGGAAGAAGGCGGUCUCGACGACAUGGCUACGCGCCUGGCACACCUCGGCCUGCUACAUUGGAGGGUCUGGGCGCAGCUCGCCUACGUUGGCGACGUUGACAGCGACAUGGUGGAUGAUGUGCACAUGACGAUGUAG